CCACAUCUGGACGUUACAGGACUCAGCUGGACAUAAGAGUUCACGCAUGGACGUGACCUUUGAAUGUACCAUUUAAAACCCACUAAACACACCUGCACACACACUGUUCAUGAUAGUUGUCCUGACUCCAGAACAGUUAAAAUUCCAACUUAACAAGCUUGAGCAACACAUUUUCCCCCUCACGCUUUAUUAGUCUGCACACGCAGGCGACCGCUUCACGCUGAAUUCCUCCCUGUGAAACCUACUUCCUUACGUUCAGCGGAGCUGCAGACGUUUCGCUCCGGGCCCGAUUCUCUCGGACAAGACUGGAAUUGAAGAGCAUAAGGAGCAUAAGCAGCUGCCACAAAUGGAGCAAACGCACAUCAACACGUGUGAAGCGGCCUUUUCCUCUCUUGCAGCACUGCAUUCCAGAUGGGGAGCAGCGCUGUGUUUUCUGGCAGCGCGCCUCCUGUUUGUGUAGUCUGCGCUGAAGCGCUGGUUUACGGCGAUAGUGGCAUUUCACUUUCAUAAUCGUUGAUUCAUAGAUUUAUUGUGGUGUUUUCGCAGCGUCGCCCCCUCCGUCUGCCUCUCGUUGGUCUCGCUCCCCGUUCACAUGGUUCUAGUUGAGCGGAGUGAGGUCACGGCUUCGCUGAGCCGUCGCAUGUUGCACGCUGGAUGAUGUCUCCACCCCAGUGUCUCCCCACAGACGCCAUCAACAAGCUUCUACUACUGCAUUCCUCAUGAUUCAAAGCUCUGCUUCUAGUUUUAUGUCAUUUCACCAUAUGUCAUGGUGAUUGAGUGUAGAGUAAUAGAAGCAUUUAUAAAUUUUUUUUACUAUUUGCAGUUAGUUAGUGCUUUCAGGCAUAUCUUCCUCUUUUAUUAGACUGAAUGACUGAAGUGGAUCAUUUGCAGCGUUUUGUCACCUUACUUCAUCGUUCAGCUCAGGAACGAUGGCGUGCGUCCGUGGCCACUCGAGCCGAUGGGAUACUCCGCAUUGCGCACGCGUCUGGGUAUGAGCCGGACAGAUGAGGGCGUCCUAUUGCACAUGCUUUCAGCCAACCGGCCCUGGCACCCGUUACCGGCAGCAUGCCGCACUGUGGCAGCGAUUACGAGAAGUGACGGGCGUGUGUGUGUGUGUGUGUGUAUAAAUAUAUGUGUGUGUUAUGUGUUCACCCUGAGCUGUGUGUGGAGGAGCAGAUAGGAUAAGAUAGUUCUUCUCCACCGUACUCAGAUCAGAGCUUCAUAAAUGGACGUUACCGGCCUUCGCUGUGACAUUUGUUGUCUUUCAUUCCCUGUAAAAGCCAGGAGGCCGUUUAAUGGAGGAGCAGGACGCAACAGGGAGCACGUGACCCCGGAGAUGAACAAGCUUCGCCAGAGCCUGAGGAGGAAGAAGCCCACGUACGUGCCCGAGGCCAGCAGACCUCACCAGUGGCAGGCGGACGAGGAGGCCGUGCGCAAGGGCAAAUGCAACUUCCCUGUGCGGUAUCUGGGGCUGGUGGAGGUGGAGGAGUCGAGAGGGAUGCACGUGUGCGAGGAGGCGGUGAAGAAGCUCAAAGUUAGUGGGAAAAAGACAGUGAAGGCGGUGCUGUGGGUUUCAGCCGAUGGACUCAGGGUGGUAGAUGACAAAACUAAGGACCUGAUCGUGGACCAGACCAUAGAGAAGGUUUCGUUCUGCGCUCCUGAUCGUAACUAUGACAAGGCCUUCUCCUACAUCUGCCGCGACGGGACCACCAGGCGCUGGAUGUGCCACUGCUUCAUGGCUCUCAAAGACUCGGGAGAACGACUCAGCCACGCAGUCGGCUGUGCCUUCGCUGCCUGCUUGGAGAGGAAGCAGCGCCGGGAGAAGGAGUGUGGCGUGACGGCCUCCUUUGACGCCAGCCGCACCUCGUUCGUCCGCGAGGGUUCCUUCCGGGCCAACUCCUCCUGCAGCCAACAGGGCAGCGGCAGCGAGCGGGACGACAAGCUGCCGGACAAGAAGAAAGACCAACCUCCUGCCAUCCCGGCGCUCCCGCCCGGCACCGCCUCCCCACCGGAGGGCGCCGCGUCCCCCAUGGAGCGUCCAGAACCAGGCGGGCCUCACGCCAUCCCUCGCCGCCAUGCGCCCAUUGAGCAGCUGGUGCGCCAGGGCUCGUUCCGGGGAUUCCCAGCGCUCAGCCAGAAGAACUCGCCCUUCAAGAGGCAGCUGUCGCUGCGCCUCAAUGACCUGCCAUCCACACUGCAACGCAAGACCGACUUCCAGGACAAGAACCCUGAGAUGGACAUGGGCUUUCCAGACGAGGGGGACAGUAGUAUUAAUGCUCUUUGUAGCCAAAUCAACAGCUCCUUCACCAAACCUUCAGACGAGCUCUUCUCUAACGCUUCUAUGGCUGCUAAUGGCCCUGCAGCCUGCACUGUUCCUGUACUGCCACCACCGCCUGCACCAAUGCAGGCCACUUCUACCUGGGUGCAGCCAGAGCCGGCGCUCCACUCUCCUCCUGGAAUUUCCGUGGCGAUGCAGAUGCAAAUGCAGAUGCAGAUGCAGAGUGGGCACAGGCGCACGCCCUCUGAGGCUGAAAGAUGGCUGGAGGAGGUCUCCAAGGCGGUCAAGGCUCAACAGACCCCUCCCCCCGGUCCCUCCAUUCCCACCAUUCCGGGGCCACCCUCUAUGUCAAGUCAUCAAAUGUCCAGUCAGGCAGCCAUAUCAGCUGCCCAAGUGUCCACUAUCUCCAUGACCAAACCGUUAAUCUCUAGGCCCUCUGCUCUCUCAGGUCAGGCCCCAGUGCCCCUUCCACCUAUGCCAUUGUCAUCGGUUCCUCUAAUACCGGGCCCUCCAGUGACAGGCCCCCCUAUGUCUCUACCUUCCAUGUCUAUCCCUACGAUGUCCGGUCCAAGCAUGUCUGGAGCACCAAUGAUCCAGCCCUCUCUUCCUGGGCCCCCAGGCUCCCUUCCAAGCUCCAUGCAGCCCUUCCCCUUGGCUUUUGACACCACACCAGCCCCCGUGGGAAUGUUUGCCAGCCAGCCUGUCCAACCCGCUUUUGUCCCCAUGCAGACAUACAUGCCAGGUCUGGCCAGCAGUAUGACCUACCCCAAUGCCAGCGUGCCUGUGGUAGGCAUUACACCAUCCCAAAUGGUGGCCAAUGUCUUCUGCACCGCCACAGGCUCGUCAGGCGCCGGGAGUGCUAUGGGUUCAGCGACAGGAGGACAUAAAGUGGGGUCACUUGGAGCAGUCGGGCCACACCACACUUAUUCAGGAGCACCUGGUUCAGUUGGGUUCUCCACGCCGCCGUUCUCCUCCACUCCUCCGCUAUCGACAUCCAUAAACGGCCUGCCGCCCCACAGCGGAACCACGUCUGCUCUCCAGAAUGGGACCUCCAACACUGGCGGCAGCGGAGGCGGCAGCAGCUGCUGGCCGCCGGAGGGCAGCCAGCUCACAGCUCCGCCGUCCUGCAUCUCCCACGACGACGACCGCUUCGAAGCUAAGUGGGCGGCUCUGGAGUCCAAACCGGCAACACAGCAGCCUGGGAACAAGGCGCCAGCAUCAGCAGCCAAUCCAUUCUCCAGCAAUCUGCAAAAAACGUUCGAGAUUGAGCUCUAAGCCGGACUCCUCCUCCCAAAGUUGUAGCGCUAACUCUGAGGCUAAGCCCGAGGAAGCCACUAAUUCCAGCAUCUCUGCUCCAUAAAGCUACCCAUCUAUCAUCUGACCCGUGGCAGCCUAGCAGCUUUUUAAACGCUCUCAAGAGACCCAGUACCAUAAUGAUUAUAAUUGCAUUCUUUACACUCCCAUGAGAGUUCGGGAGGAAAGUGGCAGAUUGCUGGACUGCCACCAAAGGACGAGGUCUCCAUCUCCUUAGACUUGAUGGACUGAAUCCUUCCACGCCACCCGUUACUGCCUCUCUUCCCCGCUUUCGCUCCUCCACUCGGGCUUUAUGUUGCCUGCAGUGAGUCCCUGGAUGUACUGUGCUGUGCCUCUGUGAGAACACCACGGGGGACGCAGUUCAUUGGUUUCUUUCUUUCAAAGGGGGCACCACUCAGAGGCAUUCCAAUCCCAUUAAAGUCUUUAGUCGUUCGGGUUCUGGGGGGGUCUGGUUGGAGAAUUUGUGGCUGUGGCUACAUCACCAAAAGUGCACAGAUGGAGCAGAUGGAUGCUGUAUUUAGCCAAGCACAGCACUGGUUUGGAUACCUGAAAGGAGUCAGUGGUUUAAGAUCCAACACGACCAACCCAAAAGGACUAACUGACCAAUAGUAGAGAUUUAUGGCCAAAAUGAUUUUAUUUAUUGUACUUUAUUUUUUAUUUUAACAUUAUAUAUUCUUAAAAAUUUGAAUUUUAAAGCAGUAUUUCGGGAGUGUCUUGUUUUAUCCCCUGUAUUUAUUUUUGUGGAACCAUAAGGAGGAGGCGGACGAGAGCAGCAGCAGUAGAUGCAGAAAGCACUGUCACGUAACAGGAACCAAAUGACCGGGGCCGAUAGUGAGGCUGAGUGCGACGUGGGCCUGUACAUGGUGGCUUGUUUCUUCCUUCGGCGCUCACUCGCACACACUGUGCUGCUGCUGAGGCUUCGCUUCGCCUCUACAGCCCGUUGCCGUCGCUCGCCUACAGUAACUUCAGGGGCGCUGGGACAUGAAAAAAAAAAACGUUUCAGGAUCUUCAGCUGCACAACAGUCCGCUGGUCUUCAUCUUCUCCAGACAAACAACAACUCAGUGGAAAUAAGAACAAAAACACUCUACAGCACUGUGCAACUGGUCGAGAAUGAAUAUUGCACUACAUUCCAACAUUGGUCAUUGAACAUGUUCAAACACAGGGUAGUGUCAUCACAUACGGUAUGAUUGUGUGAUCACCUCUAUUUUACUACUGAGUGGGUUGCAGUUGUGUUGCUCAGAUGUUGGGAGAAAUGAUUUGGGCUGAAAAGGGAAGAGGAACUGAGGCAUGGAAAAUGACAUAGCAGAAUAUUAUGCACAUGUUUUAAGGACAUUGCUUGAUACGCAAACGCAAAAAUUCCGAACUGGAUGAGAAGGUUAACCUGCAUGUGAGAGGCCGAGGGCUAAAACGGACUUGUACCUUUACGAAAUAAGAUGGAGGAAGUCUGCUGGAAGUAAAAUUAGAUGGAUGUGGUUGAAAUAACAAAGAGACGGAGACGGAGUGGACAAAGGCGCAUUCAUCACGCAGCCCACAAACAGAGCACUGUUCCUCAACUCUCCUCAAAGCUUUUUGAUCAUAUUUUUAAAAACGGUCGCUUAACGUGUACACGCGCUCUCAUAACACCGUUUCUUCUGCUAAUGCUCGACACCCUAUACAGUUAUAUCCAUCAUGUCAAUGAGCUUUCUGUUCAGGUUCCGUUCCAAAAAGAUGCCACAUUGCAAAAUGGACGUUUUCCCACAGGUUGCGUCUGUGCGUUACAUAAACUGCGUCUGAGCAGAGAUGCUCCUGUUAUGUUCCAUGGGAAUUGAAUUGUUUGGACGCAGCCUGCCGCAGAUUAGGUUUCCUGCUCAUUAACCCGUCGCAGUUUAAUUAGCUUAUGGGGUCUCUUCCUGUGGCCUCGGAUAGGCUGCCUUCUCACAGAGUCUAAAUUUAUGUGCCGCUGGUCUAAUUUACACCACGUUAGUUCCACCCGAGGUUCUGUCCUUUGUUUCCAGACGAAUCAGUCUCUCUUUCCCACCAAACAAAUGCAAACUGCUCUCUCUCUCUGUAACGCAAGACUGAGUCACAUGAAAUUGAUGCUUUUAUUUUAUGGGGAAUAUAUUUUAGCGCUUGACUCUUGUUUGCACGUCCUCCAAAUUAUAAAUGUAGGUUAAUUGUGUUCUGCGUUGAAGCAAACUAAAUGACCUCAUAAACUUGAUUGUAAAACCAUAGUUUAGUGAUGGUAACAAAGCAAACCAGUGGAGUUUAUUUUUAAUCUUUAUUUACAGAAUUUUUGUAUUUAAACCUACAUAUUUGUAUUGUAAUUACACUGUACAAAAGAUAAAUAAAGUAAUAUAAUAUUA